GGUCUUCUAAUACUUAAGGCUAGAAAGAAUAAAUACCUUAGGACUAUACUAGGAGCCUAUAAGGCUACUCUAUACUAUUAUAAUAGAGUUAGAAACUUAAUUCUUAUUAGAAGAAGAAAACUAAGAGGAGUAUUUACUACUAUCCUCUAUUUAAACCUCUACACGCCCUAUAUGAACUUAAUAACCUCUAGAAAUUUUAGAAUACUAGAAGCUUCAUAUAAUAGGGUCUAUAAAAGGCAAGAGUAUAGGAGAAAUCUAAGCUCUCUAGAUAUAAGGGUUAAGGAAGGGUUAGAAGCAAAGAGAAAGGUGUAA